AUAAAGGGAAAUGGGCCGGUCACAGUGUCGGGAUCCAUCUCAGGACUGACCCAGGGCGAGCACGGCUUCCACGUCCACCAGUUUGGAGACAAUACGCAAGGCUGUACCAGUGCAGGUCCUCACUUUAACCCUCUGUCCAGGACCCACGGAGGGCCACAGGAUGAAGAGAGGCACGUUGGGGACCUGGGCAACGUGACUGCAGGCUCGGAUGGCGUGGCCAAGGUGUCCAUUGAAGACACCGUGAUCUCCCUCUCGGGAGACCACUCCAUCAUUGGCCGCACGAUGGUGGUCCAUGAAAAACGAGACGACUUGGGCAGAGGUGGAAAUGACGAGAGCAAGAAAACGGGGAACGCGGGAAGUCGCCUGGCUUGCGGCGUGAUUGGGAUCGCCCAGUAAACAUUCCCUAGGACGGGGUCCGAGUCCUAGUAACUCCUGUUAUCUUGAUAGUUGUAGAAAUUUAACUUGAUAAACAUUAAACACUGUAACCUUCA